AAAUACUUCUAAAUCAAGAUGUAAUCUCUAGAUCUAAUUUAUUAAUCUAGAUCUAUAUCCAAAUGUACUAUGUAAAUCGAAUCUAGAUCUAUUUUAGAUAGAUAUAUUAUCUAGGCUAAGUCCGAUUCUGCAUUUUGAUCUGGUGAACUCUUUUAUAAAAUAGACAAUAUUUUUCGGUCGAUUCAACAUGGCAGAUGUCAACCAAAAACUUGUAUCAAAUGAAACAACCUGUGUUUAUUGUGUGGACGUAGAUUUACUUCGAUAUUCUUUUAUGUGAUACUUGAAUAUUAAAAAUAAACAAUCGGUUCACAAACAGGAGUAUUAUAAAACAUGAUGUCAUCUCCUCUAUCCCCAUUUACAUCACCUAUAGUUAAACGAUUGCUUGCAUUAAAAAAAGGCGAACACGAAAAAGAUGAUAAAUGGGCUGAAAAAGCAGUAAAAAGUUUAGUUAAAAAACUUAAGAAAUCUGGUGGUUUAGAUGAAUUAAUCAAAGCUCUUUGCACACAAGAUCAGUGCACUAAAUGCAUUACUAUACCAAGAUGUUUAGACAGUAAGCUACAAGUAUCUCAUCGUAAAGGACUACCUCACGUAAUUUACUGUAGACUCUGGCGUUGGCCUGAUCUUCAAAAUCAUCAAGAACUUCAGCCAGGUGAUCGCUGUGAAUAUGCUUUUCAUUUGAAGAAAGAUCAAGUUUGUGUCAAUCCAUAUCAUUACACAAGAGUAGAAGUUGCUCUCCCAAGGGUCCUGGUGCCACGGCACACAGAGAUCCCAGACAUUUUACCCAAACUUGAAGAUUACAGUACUACAAUACCAGAAAACACGGAUCUCCCUACUAGCAGUAGCAUCAAUGAUACCCCUUUCAACAUUCCAGAUACUCCAUCUCCCCCGGGGUAUCUGAGUGAAGAAGGGGACACAACUGAUAGUCAAGGCAUGGAUGGCAUUGACAUGUCACCAAGCCCACCCCUAGAUAACAAUGCUGAGUUACAGCCUGUAACUUACAAAGAACCUGAGUACUGGUGUUCAAUAGCUUAUUAUGAGCUGAACAUGAGAGUUGGUGAAACUUUUCAUGCAUCACAACCAUCACUCACCGUUGAUGGUUUCACAGAUCCCAGUAAUUCGGAAAGAUUUUGUCUUGGGCUUUUGUCAAAUGUCAACAGAACACAGCAGGUUGAAAUGACCCGAAGACAUAUAGGGAGAGGAGUAAGGUUAUACUACAUUGGGGGUGAAGUAUUUGCAGAAUGUCUGAGUGACAAUGCUGUUUUUGUACAAAGUCCAAACUGUAACCAACGCUAUGGGUGGCAUCCUGCAACUGUAUGUAAGAUACCACCAGGCUGCAAUUUGAAAAUAUUCAACAAUCAGGAAUUUGCUGCUCUUUUGGCUCAGUCUGUUAACCAAGGCUUUGAGUCAGUUUACCAGCUGACACGAAUGUGUACUAUCAGGAUGAGUUUUGUGAAAGGCUGGGGAGCUGAGUAUAGGCGGCAGACAGUGACAAGUACACCAAGUUGGAUUGAGAUUCAUUUAAAUGGUCCCCUACAGUGGCUAGACAGAGUACUGACUCAAAUGGGCUCCCCUGGACUGCCCUGUUCAUCAAUGUCAUAAAGACUUCUCUUUGUUGACUCCAUAUGUCAGUAUUGAUAUGCAGGGAUUAUGCUGCGCAGAGACAGACUCACAAAUCGGCCAGCAUGUUAUUCUUCUAGAAUGUAUAAAGGCAAAACAUUUCAAUUUCCUUGUAGAUUGUGUUUUUUUUUUAAUGUUUUUUUUUAAAAGGAAUAAAUGUUUUGGUUCAUUGUUACAGCUGUGCAAGCAUGUAUUUUUAUUCAUUACAGUUUAAGUUAAUGAUUUUAAACAGGUUUUUGAAAAAAUGUGUUUACUUUAUUUCAUUGCUCUGAACAUAUAUUGCUGAAAUUAUUAUGUUUCAAACUAUUGGAUUGCACCAUAAAGACUGGAUUUUCAUGUUAAUAUUGGUACAAGAAUUGUAUUCUUAUUUUGUAGAAAUGUAUUCAUUUCAAGAGCGAUAGAAUUUUUAACAAGUUUUAGUCAAUUGUAGCUUCAUUUUAAACAAGUUUGAGUUCAUUUUUUAUUUUAGGGAUAUAAAAGUAUUAUGGAGGUAUAUCAAUAUUACAUCAAUUGUAAAACAUUUCAUGGCUGUAUAGAAAACAAAACACCUUGUAAAUGAGCAAAUAUGCAUCUUGUAAAUGUAUGGCCUAUUACCUGGUUAACUCUGCACUUAAUUUUUGCUUACGAUAAAUGCCUUUAAUAGCUAACUAGAUGGAGACCAGUUUUACUAACCAAUUUCAGUGAGAGUCUGUAGACAAGGCAAGGAACAAUCUCUUGAGCAUUUAAAACAGAUCAUUAGCAAAGUAAUCAAAAGAAUUUCAUUUUCAGAAAUAGGAAAAUUGUGUUCCUUGUUAAAAUACCUCAGUUUGCAGUGCAUGAUUUGUUGAGUAUUUGUACAACACAUUUUCUUGUACCAGUAGUGGCAUUUUUAAAGCUCUUGGAGAUAAUAACCAUAGGAGUUGUGAAUUUAGGUCAUUGAAUUAUGUGUGUGAAGUUAAUUUGUACUUCCAAUUUAAUAUUGGAUAUUGUUAUUAUAAUAGGUCUUUACACAUGAGACUGGUAAUAUAGUAAAUAUAUACAUUUUAAUAGAUUAGUUAUUUCUGUACAGGACUUAUAUAUGUUGCUCUCAUUUGAAUACACAUAAUAGUCAUUCUUUAGUUAUAAUAUUUGUGUGAUGGCAAAAUCCUUUUAUUAAACCAUAUAGUACAUGUUCAACACUGUGGCAUUGUGGCUCUUGUCAUCACAGCUGAUACAAAAUAUUUCUUUUUAAUGUAAUAUCAAUCUUUAUCUUGAAAAUGCGCCUCCAAACUUUUGAGUUAACGAUACCUAAAUUCUUUGUUAUUACAUUUUUGAAGCAGUAGCUUGUUUGAAUUUUCAUAUUCAUAUUUGUUUUUAAUGCCCCUGCAGAUUUGCUAUAAUUUUAUUGAGUAGCCAGUGUCUGAGUUCAGUGUUAAUUUGUAUAUGUCUAACCUCAUCAGCAUGUAAGUGUAGUGUACAUUCAAAGCGUUGAUAUCAUUUGUUGAAAAGAAUUAUACCAGUGAACAAAAAGUUUUUUUUUUCGCUAAAGAAAAAACUUGUCGGGUAAACAUUUGUUGUUUGUGUAUUUUUUGUAUUGGACUUUCUUGAAACCAGACUUUGUGUCCACUGUGAUAGCUCUAUGUAACCGGUUUAUAAAACAAAAUGUUUGUAUAUUAUUCAUCUUUUCAAGUUUUAUUAUUAGAAAUGAAGCAAACAUUUUUCUACUGGGAAUAUAAAACACUUAUUGGGCAAAUUAUAGCUGAUUUUCAUCCUCUUUUUUUUCACUCCACCAAUCAUUUGAAAACCUACAUUUUUGUACUAGCUUCAAGUAUGUGUGUGAAGUUAGAGUCUUCUUGCUGCAAUCACAUAAUUGUUACUUGUACUCCAUUAGGCCAAUUCUACACAUUUGCUAUUAGGUCUAUCAUCCUGACACAUCAUCUGGUUGUUUGCUAUUUUAUUGGCAAUUUUUCGUAUACACACCCAAAACAUUACGGGUGUACAAAUGUAGUUUUAGAUAGAGAUCUUUAGGGUUGAUAUCACUUAUAUUAAUAUUAUUAUUUGUCACUAAGAAAGAAAUAGUUUUAUCUGAGUCAAUACUUUUGUUCAUUCAGUUUUAAAACAAUUAAGAUAAUGAACUAAUGUAGAUUUGUAAACACAAAGCUUUUGUGUGUUGCAUUUAUUCAAGAUUUUGUGAGUAUCUUAGUGAUCCAACAGUAUUGAGCAAUAGUUCAUCAAUAGCCAAGUCAUUUCAGUAAAAGUAAAAGCAGUUCAACGCAUACAAUAGAUGUAUUUAAUACUAAUCCAGUUAAUUGCUUCUUUUUAAAUUUUAACUAAAAUAGCUGAAGAUUUAUUUGUAUGAAUGGAACUUUUUUUUUUUUAAUGGUACCCUGCAAUAUCAUGACUGAACAGUUUUUUCAAUAGAAUGAAAAUUAUGAAUAUUUGUAUUUUAUGAACCAAGUUACAAGUUUGAGCUGAUCACCAAACUAUUUGAAGUGCUAGACCAGACUUUCAUAUUGCUGUAUUGGAAGCUAACAUCAGCAUGACAAACACAUUUGAAUUGAGAACUAUUAUUCUAAACUAUGGUAGUGUUCAUACACAUCUGUAUCUGCACUGCUACUGAAAAGCUAUUGAAAACAAGUUCAUUCUAAUAUUUAUUUUUAUCAUGUUUAAAUAGUUGCAAAUGACAAUAUAAGUGUGUUUUAUGUUGACAAAUUAACUAAGACUGUCCCUUUCUUUUUCUGUAUUUUUUCUUUACUAGCUUUUUAAAAUCUUGAUCAGGAGAACAGUGCAAUUAUUGUGUCAAUUAGACCUGAGCAAGUGAUUGUAAUGAUUAGCCAUUUUACAACCUGAAGUGGAGCUUUUAAUGUCUACUUAAUUUAUUCAUGUUAACCAGAUAGUUAUGGUGAUAUUGAUGGUUGGCCUCAGAUUUCAAGAGUGCAUAAGGUAGUUCCUAACCAAACGUGAACCAUUUUCUUGACGCUAAGCUAAUGGAAAAACCAUUCACAAGUUUUAGGUUGAAUGUAGUAGUAAUUGAAUCUCUUAUUUCAAUCCAUCAUGUGUAAAGUGAUAGAAGAAUUCUUUAUUUUUAAUGGGCAGUAAUUAUUUCUCUAUUCAUGUGUCAUGAUUAUUUGUAUUAAGUAAUCUUCCAACCUCUGUUAUGUGUUCCACAAGAUAUUGUCAUCAGUUCAAUCUUUUAUUUACUAAUGAGACAUAAGGAUCUAGCCCAUACUACUGCUGUUCUGAUUGGGCACUGUAACUAUGUAAGACAGAAAAGCAGUGCAAUCAGGUAAAGAAUAACGGCAGAGCACUAUAAAUACAAAACAUUUUUGUAUAUACUAGUCAAGCCUAGUAACAAGUUUGAAUGUUUUGUCUUUGUUAAUUAUAUCAUAUCAUUAUUGUACAAGUUUAGUCAUUAUAGAAAUGGAAACAGCAAGUUGGUGUUGCAGAUAAUUAAGAUCUCAUACUGCACUAACAUAGUUAAAACAAUAAGACAUUAUCACUUUCACUUAAUUGAUCAUCCUUCCCUUAGUGUAGUUCAGUUCUAGUUAAUUGUAGUCUAUAUAAUGUCAGUUCAACUGCUCAUCAUUGUGUAGUCCUUAUUGUUUUGUCAGUUUUUGUUUAGACUUACUUUAUGACAUUACCUAUUCAUCUCUCAAGUUAUGAAAUAAAAUUAAUUUAAACAACUCAAA